UAAAAAGGACUGUCGCUCUGUCUUCAGCUACGUGAAAGGCAUCUACUCGUUCGGGUUGAUGGAGACCAACCUCUACGACCAGGCGGAGAAGCUCGCCAAAGAGGCGUUGUCUGUGACCCCCACGGACGCGUGGUCGGUUCACACCGUGGCCCACAUUCACGAGAUGAAGGCGGAGGUCAAGGCCGGGCUGGACUUCAUGCAGCGCUCGGAAGCCCACUGGAAGGGCUCGGACAUGCUUGCUUGUCACAAUUACUGGCACUGGGCUUUGUAUCUGAUUGAAAAGGGCGAGUAUGAGGCCGCGCUGACCAUUUACGACGACCACAUCCUCCCCAGCCUGCGGGCCAGUGGCGCCAUGCUGGACGUGGUGGACAGCUGCUCCAUGCUGUACCGGCUGCAGAUGGAAGGGGUGUCUGUGGGCGAGCGGUGGCGGGAUGUCCUGCCCGUGACCCGGGAGCACAGCCGCGACCACAUCCUGCUGUUCAACGACGCCCACUUCCUGAUGGCCUCCCUGGGUGCGCGGGACGCCCAGACCACGCAGGAGCUGCUGACCAGCCUGCAGGAGGCCAGCGAGUACGCGGGGGCCAGGGCUCCGGGCGCUUCUGUGUGGGGAGGCCGGGGUGGGGUCCCGUUGUGAGCACAGCCGUGGGGA